GAGCGAGCUGUGAGGAGUGCCAGUCAUAUCUCCAUUAUACUGUUGUACCCCUAGUACAAUGUGAAUAUGCAAAUACGCAUUCACGUUAAUGGUAUUAAGAUGAAGAACAAUAAUGAUGAAAAACAUCUGUGAUCUGAGCAAUGGGUGGGUUACACUGUCUUUAUGGCCAUGCAUCCAAUCUGAUGUCCUACUGCUAACCAACCAACUAACUAACUGCUGGCUCGUACUUGGUACAACCGAAACUUGAGGUCGGUCGCACAUUUGCAAUGGUUGGACUUACCAUGGGGUUUCGUUUAUUAUUUUAUCCCAUGAACGCAAGAAAGACACAAAGCCAAGAGAGGAAUGCUGGUCUCCAUUGUUCUUCUAUGAUGGGUGGAACUUCAAAUGGUGGACCCUGACGAGAAUGCCUCCAACGCCAACACAAGGUUAUGGUCUAUGUCUUGUGCCGACACACAGCUUAUGUAUGUAUCACAAGAUAGACGGGAAAAAUGAAUAAAAUCCUUUCAUGAUGCAAAUAAGUCCUGGAAAAGGGGCUAUAAAACAGACAGCAAAUACAUUAGAGCCACCAUUCCCAGUUGAUCCCCCCGUCAGAAAACUUCUACACCUUCUCAUGGGGCGCCAAGACAGACACCUUACAUCUUUAUGCGUUGCCUGCGUGGUCUUGUUCGCCGUUUUGGUCCAAAUUGCUAGUCCAAUUGCCGGAGAACAAGUGCCAGGCCCCUUUAAAAAACUUAGCUUCCCGGUUGUUUCAGCUGAAUGGUUGGACAAGUGGAUGGACCACAACCUGAACCUACCGGCCAACGGGAUCGAUGAGCAGGCCUUGACUCGGCUUUUCAAACGGGCAGGCUCAGCCCCGGAAAUGGACGAGCAGGCCUUGACCCGCCUAUUCAAGCGACCAUCGGCCAUUCGACUAUUGCGAAGAGCCCCUAUGGGCGGGGCCAUCCGUUAUGGGAAGCGAUCUCCGUUGGCUGUGGCUCAGUUCAUGGACGAGACCGAAGACAUGGAGGAUCAAACAGUGGGCAAAAGGGGUGGGAUGAUCCGCCUUCUCCGAUCCUCGUUCCCUGCCUUGGCCAAUGACGAGAGUGACGAGAUGGAAAAGCGGAACCCGAUCCGGUUGGUCCGAAAUACUGCCAACAAUCGUCCAAUGGUCAGACUCCUGAGAAGCAACAAGAUGCUUCGAUUGCUCAAGCGAUCCCCCGAGACCGAUUAAUCGCUUUGCAUUUUGUGUUCUACAUGGCAUAUCUCUGUGCAUAUUUUUGGUUCGUCAUAUUCGAUUGCCUGGCUCCGCCGUAUUGAUUUCGUAUUGAUUUCGAAAUGUUUGGGGAGAUUCUUUUUGUACGAAAAUGCUUGAAUUCAAAUAGUCAUUGAUGAUAAUGAAACAUUUUUGCCCCUCUGCCCUGCAUCUCAUGCUAUUAUUGGCUAACUUAAGCUUGGAUGUUGAUUGCGAUUCAUUCGGUGAGUCCACAACAUGGAUUGAUGUGAAUUGCCUCCAUUACUUGUUACAUGACACUAAUGAUGAUGAUUUUAGCUCUUCAAUUCGGAGAGCACGAAUUUCGGUAAAACCGAAGACAUGGUUGUUGCUCUGAUUUUGACCCAAUAAAGGACAUGAUAACAAUCA